UCAAUGUCAAAUGUAUAGUUUAGAUUAUUAUAGAAGUAAAACUAUUUGCGCUAAAUACAGUGCCCGAGGUAAGAACUUUAUAGAUACUGGAAUAGUAUCGGAUACUAUUCAUGGAUCCAGAAAUUUCACUAAUGAUGCUAUGUACUUAUUACAUGUGCCUGGCUAUAUAUGUCAAUCUGAAGCAUUGCGAAGUAAUAUCUGCAAAAGCUCAUCAGAAGCGAUUACCUCUACCUAUCAACAAGCUUUUUUUUCAAAAACUAGAUUCGACGGUCUUUUAGUUAUGGGAUUCGACAAUUCAGAAAUAUGUAAAGCAUUACUUACUGAUAUCUAUUUUCAUCCUUAUACUUUUAAAAUCGGGAAUAUAAUAAAUUUGAACGUUUUUGGAAUCGGUAAAUCAAACAAUCCUAAUUGGAAAUAUGCUGGAAAAGGAUAUCAAAGCUCUUUUGUAUAUAACUUUCGCAAAACUCGAGCAUUAUUUUUUCAGGAAUUUAGUAAUAAAGAAGCAAUUGUUAAAAUAUAUCAAAAUUCUCAAGAAAUAUACGUCUUUCGUAAUACUGACCCUAAUACAGUUUGGAAUCAAAUUGGUAUAUUAACCCAAUUUACAGGAUGCACGCUAUUUGGACUUGAACAUGAACAAACGAAAUCAGAAAUCAAUAAUGAACAAACUCUAACAUGUACCGUAGAAGAUUGGCAAA